UUGCUGCUGUCAGCAGUGCUGCAGGACUGUAUUGUGAAGUAGUUCUGCAUAGUAACAGUGUAAUCAAAUGAUUUUUUUUUCUCCACUUUGGCAACAAUGAAACAUUAAUGCAGAUGAAGUGAGGAUCGAAUCCGUGUGCAGCGUAGUGAUGGGGACGAACAGCCAGAGCAGCAUCAUGGAAACUGAGGAUGACAUCCCUGAUCCUGCUCAGUUUAGCGAUGACACUGCUGCGUGCAUUGUUUCUGUGAAAGGCUUAAAGGAAAACUGGCAGAAGUGGUCCGAUGAGCACCGGGAGUACCAGAAGCACAACCCCUUCAGUCAGGACACCAGACCCAGUGUGGUGGUCCCUCAGAGGGGGCAGGAUGAUUACGGGAGACCCCUGCAGGGGUCCGUGACGGAGCAGCGAGGGAAGGAUGCUCACACACACGUCAGCAGAGAGGUUGAGGAGCUGUGUGAGGUGAUAAGAAACAUCGGACAACCUGGAGACAAAGAUGGGGAUGGAAGAAGUAGCGAUGGGAGAGUCAUCACUGUGGAAUUCGGGAAACUGUUUGAGCAUUAUGUGACGAUCUCUAAUAAACUAGUGGGGAUUCUUCUACGAGCGAGGAAGCAGGGGCUGGUUGACUUUGAGGGAGAAAUGCUGUGGCAGGGGAAGGACGACCAUGCAGUUAUCACUCUGUUGCAGUGAUCACAAACUUGGAUUAGUGUUUAUGCCUUGAUUCAUGUUACAUGCAGUACAUGCAGUGGCAAUAUAGAGCUCCUUCAUGGCAGCACUCACUGUGGUAUUCAGAUAGCAGGGGGAUAGCACUCAUUGUACUUUAGUCACAUAUAGUCACAUAAUAGUUUUUCUUCCUUACAAAAGUAAAAACUUACGUAGCUGAUAAUUCACAUCACCUCCCUGAGGAGUGUACAUUAGCCAUACUAAUGUAUUUUCUCCUUGUGAUAAAAAACACAUAAUCAAUUGAAUCACUAAUCACAAAGAGUUAAAAACUAAAACUGUCCAAAGUGCAAAUAGAAAAACCUGAAGAAAUGGCAUGAAAUACUUAGGUCACAAUUACAAACACUUUUACAAGUUUGGGUCUUACCAGGGGAAAUGACAAGUGGCAGCAUUUGUCAGCAACAAAAAGAGGACAUCUGCAUGUGGAUUCAUGAGUUUUAAAAGCUAUUAAUAGCACUCAAAAAAGGCCAAACUGUUUGUACCUAAAAUGCAGAUGCAUCAGACAAAUAAUAAUAAAGUAACAUGUCGAAGGAAAUUAAAUCAGGAUAUGCAAAGCUAAAUCUUAAGCACAAAUAAAGAGAAACAUUGAUCUGAGGUUGAAACUCAACAAUAGAGAUACGACAGAAAUACUAUUCGUUGGGGGAGUUAAACCUUGUGUUUCUCAGGGUGACUAGGUUGUUUACAUUAUUUUAUUAUCUCGCUAAAUCAGAUCUUAGCCGAACGAAUCCCUUUCCCUAUAUUUCCUUCGCUCGCUUUGUAAUGUGGGAGAAGUGGCGGAGUGAGCAGCUGAAAUGAAGUCAGAGUGGUUAAUGAGUCUGAACCAAAGCCAAAGAGAACACGAGGCUGCCUGUGACAGACAAUAUGGGGCUAUAGGAUGAACUUGAUCCGAGUUGGCUUGGCUGCGUCACAGCAUUACAAAUGUGCUUUGUAGUUUAGGUCACCUUGUUACAGUUUGAAACUAUGUUUACCUGCACCACACUAAGUCACAUCUACAAUAAACACAAAAUGCUGCUUUAAUGAAAUGAGAACUACACAGUAAACUGUGUGCUGACUAAUAUAUGCCAUAACAUCUGCUGCCCUUAAAAGUAAUGGCCAUGCAAACUAAUGAACGUUUUUUAGCUUUAAAAAGUUGAUUAUUCAAUUAGCAAGUACUGCUUGUGGUAUUAAAAUAAAGAAAGAAAGUAACAUCUUGUCUGUUAUUGUGUUGCUGCGGGUGCUUUGUGAACUGUAAGCACUGACUGGAGUAGUUAAACUAAUGACUG